UUGUCGUUUAUAAUUUCUCCGGUAGUUGAUUUUGCAAUUGAUCUCCGGCGAUGUAUUGAUUUCAGGCGACCGAGGGAUCGACCACGCGUCGCUGGAUUGGCCGAGGCGAGCAAAGAUUGCGAAGGGCGUCGCGCGCGGGCUCGCCUACCUCCACGACCAGUUCCCCUCCGACGAGGCGGAGGCGGCGCCGCCGGCGCCGCACGGCAACCUCAAGUCCAGCAACGUCCUGCUCGCUCCCGACUUCGAGCCGCUCCUCGUCGACUACGGCUUCCUGCCAUUGCUCAACCCCACGGCGAUGACCAUGCAGGCCCACCGGGCGCCCGAGGUCGCCGCCGGCAGCGGGCCGGCGACGCAACGGUCCGACGUCUUCUGCCUCGGCGUCGUCCUCCUCGAGCUCCUCACCGGGAAGUUCCCGUCGCAGUACCUCGGCGACGGUGCCAAGGCCGGAGGCGGCGGCACCGACGUCGUCCACUGGGCGACGUACGCCGUCGGGGAGGGGCGGGAGGCGGAGAUACUGGACCCCACGAUCGUCGCCGGGCCCCACGGCGCCGCGUGGGUGCCGGAGAUGAAGCGGCUGGUUCGGGUGGGGGUGGACUGCUCCGCGGCGGAGCCCGAGCGGAGAAUCGAGCUGCGGGAAGCCGUGGCGCGCAUAGAGGAGGUGGCGGCGGGCGGGAGGGAUGGUGCUGGGGAGCGGCCGAGCUAAGCCCAAUUAACACGUGGAGGGAGACGUCAAACGAUGAAUUAAUUCAAAAGCAUUAGAAAUGAAACCACAACACGACGCAUAGGACGAUUUAGUAUUUAUUUAU